GUGUUUCACAGGGCUCGCGUUUCUGCUGUCGGACAUCGGAGCGAAGCACACCACUGUCACGACUUCCCACCUUCCAAGACAUGCCUCUCCUCACCAAUGGCCACGCGAAUGGCGACACGCCGACUGUCCACACUGCAGGCUCGGCCGAUGACAUUCGUGCAGCCCUGCAGGAAUUGUCCCAACGAGAAGCUGCUGUGACCUCCCGUUUGGACACCUUGCUCAAUUCUCAAAAAGACCUCAAUCGCCAACUGAGCCGUCUGGACCUUGCACGUGCUCAAUUGGGCUCCCAAGUCGUUGCCACCAGGAACGUCAGCAAUGACAUGCUUUCGAAUGCAGCUUCGACCGCCCACCGAAUAUCAGGAGCGGUCAAAAAGCUCGACCAGGAACAAGCCGCCGUGAAAGCCACGCUGGAAGUGGUAGAGCAAGUAGCCGAGCUGAAAGCAUGUGUUCUUGGCGUGCAUGGCUCUAUGGGAGCUCCUCAGGACUGGGAGACUGCGGCCGACUAUCUCCAUCGUGCCUUCAAGAUCCCAGAUUCUGUCAUUGAUGGCGCCUUCGCCGAGGAGAUCGUACCCACAGCAGAAGUGCCUGAUCCGCCGCGGGUGACUCUAAACAAUGCGGCCGAGAGCUUAAAGGGUCUCUUCAUGCGGGAGUUCGAGAAAGCAGAGGCCGAUGGAGAUGGUGCACGAAUUACACGCUUCUUCAAGUUGUUUCCCCUGAUCGGGCGGAGUGACGUUGGUCUGGAGGCAUACGGCCGCUAUGUGUGCACUGGAAUUGCAAAUCGCGCCCGCGGUAACAUGAGCUCGACGCGCGGGAGAGAUGGCAUGUUUUAUGCGCAAGCUCUGACCAAAUUAUUCGAGCACAUUGCCCAGAUUGUCGAAGGCCAUCAACCGCUCGUCGAACGUCAUUAUGGUCCCGGAAGCAUGACCAAAGUGAUUGAGCGAAUCCAAAUGGAGGCUGAUAGGCAAGGAGGCCUUGUGCUGGACAGCUGGUCAGAGGAUCGACGAGUACAUCGCCGCCUCACUGAGAUCAAGAGCUACCCAUUCAAUUUCUUCGUACAAAGCUUUCUGCCAUCGCAAAAGCCUAGUCUACCCACGCGGACUGGCUCACCGGCCCCAGGCUCGGGCCGUACCAGUGAAGAUGACAGCGUGGACAUGAAGGAGAUUGAUGCGCUACUGAAUGAAAGUGCAAUCAUGCUCAGUCGCUGGUCGCUGUACACUCGCUUCUUGGCAGGCAAGACAAGCGCUCACGACCAAAAUCGGGACGAUGACCUACACCUGCCCAGCUUUCUGGUCCACAGCACACUUCAGAGGAAAAUCACAGACCUUCUCAUUGAUCCAUUCAAUGCCAUGGCCACUUUUUUCUUCCGGCGUUCGGUCGAGAAAUCGUUCCAAAUCGAUGAACCUCCUUCCGAUCUGACGCUCAAUCCGAAUAAGCAACUCGGAUCGAGCCCGCCUUUCAUCACGUCAGCCGUGGAUGACAUUAUGUACAUUGUUGAUCAGGUUCUCAAACGCACACUUUCGACUUCGCAGCUCGGCAUUGUACGAAACGUGAUACCAGCUGUGGGUAGAGUGCUCGGCACCGACUUUUUUGGUAUGGAGCAGCGCAAGAUGCGCGACGAAAGCUAUCCCAAGGCAGCGAUACAAGGAGCACUACCUCCUGAGAAUCUGAUCAUAUCCUUCCUCGUUCUCAUCAAUAACCUCGAUGUUGCCACCGACUAUGUUCGCAGGAUCAUUCGGACAUGCCUUGGUCAAGCUUCCGGAGAUCAACAAACACAGAAUGAGGAUGACUCAGCGCUGCUAGAUACAUUUCCUUUUGGCAAAGAGGCUGAAGGUGCUGAGGCUGUCUUGCGGGCAAUGGAGAAGAACUUCGCUGAGAAGACUGCUGUUCUCCUGAACGAAGCGAUCGAGGUAAUGCUCAAGCAGGUCAUGAGGCCACGUCUACGAGCAGUCUUCACCGAGACGUUCAAGAACAUCGAGUACGACGAAGACGAUGCAGCAGGCGAUGACGCCUCAUCAGAUGAUCUUGUUGCACAACGCUUCGAACGAGGCUGGCAGGCGUUCACGCUUCCCAUCAAACGCAUCGCAACGCCUCCUGUGUACGACAAGCUGAUCACAGCAACCAUCACACACCUGGCCCGCACGCUGGAGAAGAGAAUCUGGUCUUACUAUGGCCGAGUCAACGAGUUGGGCGCAGUUCGAUUGGAAAGGGACGUGGCAGCAAUGGUCGCUAUAGCUGUCAAAGGUGGCAAGUAUGAACUGCGUGACGCCUUUGCUCGUUGUACACAGAUGACGCUCAUCAUGAACAUGGAAGAUGAUGAAUGGGACGAGAUCUCCAAACUGACCGGAAUACAACUGGAAAGGGAAACUGGCAUUGAUUGGAAGCUCGAUGCUGAUGAGAGGAGAAGAGUCCGCGCAAUCAUCAAGGAUCGCCCCUAG